AUGUCUCUCUCUCUCUCUCUGUCCCUUCCAAUUCUCUUGUGAAAUUGCGUUCUAGGGUUUCUAUUUCCUGAGAGAAAGCUCUCUCCUUCGCCAUCCGCUGUGUCUUCCCCGUUACACCCAGAUGGCCGAUUGAGGUCCCAGGAGCAGAACCUCAGAUCAUCACAAAGAAGAAGCUGUGGAGGAAUUUCGACAUUUAGGUCAUCAGGAAGGUCCUCAGACUCGUUGAGAUCUGAAGGCUUUAACCAAAUCUUUUUGGCGAUUUUUGGCUUUCCCUGAUUAUUCUGGGGGAAAAAUAUGAGCGCUUCGAGGUUCAUCAAGUGCGUGACGGUCGGCGAUGGAGCUGUCGGGAAAACCUGCCUUCUGAUUUCUUACACCAGCAACACUUUCCCCACCGAUUACGUGCCAACGGUUUUCGAUAAUUUCAGCGCAAAUGUUGUCGUAAAUGGAGCCACCGUCAAUCUGGGAUUAUGGGACACUGCAGGGCAAGAAGAUUACAACAGAUUAAGACCGCUGAGUUACCGUGGGGCAGACGUAUUCAUAUUGGCAUUCUCUCUCAUUAGCAAAGCCAGCUAUGAAAACGUAUCCAAGAAGUGGAUUCCGGAGCUGACACAUUACGCUCCCGGAGUCCCCAUCAUUCUCGUUGGAUCAAAGCUAGAUCUACGAGAUGAUAAGCAGUUCUUCGUCGACCAUCCUGGUGCCGUCCCUAUUUCUACAGCUUAGGGGGAGGAGCUGAGGAAGCAAAUAGGAGCACCCACAUAUAUAGAAUGCAGUUCCAAAACUCAAGAGAAUGUGAAGGCGGUGUUUGACGCAGCAAUCAGGGUUGUCCUCCAACCUCCAAACCAGAAGAAGAAGAAGAAGAGCAAAGCGCAGAAGGCCUGCUCCAUCCUAUGAACAACCUCUCCCUUUUCUUUUCGGCUCAUUCAAAUCCGUGCCGUCAUCAAGUAUUGUUUCUUGCUCCAUAUGCUGGAUACCCUUUUUUUUUUUCUUGAAAGGACUUUUUUUUUUCUCUUGGAGGGCUUAUCUAUAAUUUGUUUUACUCUUCAGUUUGUGAUUUUGAUUUGUUUUACUCUUUUUUUUUUCUUUUUUGUUGAA